AAGCAAGCCCCGAACGACCGAACCCCUGGUCGCAGUCCAGAAAUGGCCGCCGCCGCGAAGCUCUCCGUCUCCAGCCAGGCCUUCGCGGCGCUACUCGAAUGCUGCGGGACCGCCGCCGGGGACUGCGACGGGCUGCUCCUCGGCCGUGCCGCCCGCCCCCCGGCCCCUCCCCCUUCCUUCUCCGACGACGACGACUCCGCCGCCACCUCCUCCUCCGCCCCAACCCUAUCCAUCAGCAUCACCGGCCACACCUCGCUCGCCCGCCCCUCCUCUCUCUCCGACGCCCUCGGCCGCUUCCAGCCCUACUCCCCCGCCCGCCCAGCCACCGUGGGCUUCUUCUCCUCCCGCCGCAGCGCGACGCGCCGCCCCUCCAUGCGCGAGGUCGCCGUCGCCCGCUCCCUGUCCAAAUCCUUAGCCCUCACCCACCCCCUCGUGUUUCUGCUCGUAGCCCCCUCCGCCUCGUCCAACCACUCCAUCCACUCGUUCGACUACCGCGCCUUCCUCCUCGUCGAUUCCCGCCUCUACCCCACCUCCCUCCAGGUCGUCAACGUGGGUCCUGGUUUCCGGGGCCAGUACCACACCUUCGCGGCGGAGUCGCCAAUGCCGUGGCUGCCGCAUCCGCCGGCAAAGAGCUAUAGCAUCGGAGACCAGAAGGCCAUGGAUGGGAUGAUGGACGCGUUCGGACUCGGAAGGGUGGAGGCCUUGGUGGCCUCGGCCACGGGGCAAUCAACCGAGGUGGAGGAGAUGUAUUCCGGGAUGCUGAGGAGGCUGGAGAGGCUUGCGCGGGAGGCGGAGGGGAGCAAGAAGCUGGUGCGCCGUCAGGAACAUAAGAAUUCACUGGCAAGGAGAAAAAUUGCCGGGUUGAAGUAAGGGCAGAGAUCUUGUUCUCAGCAAGCGCGUAGAGGCUCUGUAAGAGAGGUCGCAAGAUUCGAAGCCGGGAUCUUUGAACUGUAUCUUGAGUUGAAAUGCCCUUGGAUAUCUGAAUGCACUAGUUUGUCCAUGCUAUGCAGAUUCAAGUCCCAUUUGGGUUUGCCAUUCUAGUAUGCUUUUAUUUUAUAUCCAGUGGAGCUGUGACUUGGUGCUAGUUGGUGCCUGGUUACCGAAUCAGCGUUCAUCGACCCAUGCUUAAAGUAGCAUUGCUGACCCUCUUUGAUACUGUAUCAGAAGAUGUUAAAUACUCAAUAUAAGAGCAUGGUUAAUAGUAGUA